CUCGAGGCCAGCUUCAGUUGAUGGCGGGGUCACAUCAGUUAAGGUAGUGUACCGCGCAAUGAGUACGUUACGGUACCUCGAACCUCCAACACCUGUGCGACGCGGCCACCGCUAGGCAGCUCCAGGGAGCCCAACGGUUACGUGUUUUCGUCGCGAGCUUUCGCGUCUCUUUGGACGAGACAUUAAUUCGGAACUUAGACAAAAACAGACUUUGUUUUAAGAACAGCAAUGACCCUGAGCGCCUUGCAUCCCAGGUUGUGAUAGCUUCUUCGACUUGUUACCGAGCGCUGUUUCGGAUUGCAUCACAGCUUUCGGCGCAACAUCAUACUCCGAAAACUCAAGUGGUACCGAUGCAAAGAUGAAUGUUACAGACCUGAGCAUGGGCAGCCGGCCCAUGAAUGCAAAAGAGUUGACCGACAAGGCAAAGAACUUCGACUGGAACCCACGCAUCGGCUUCAAGUACUGGGCGCGCGCCGCCGAGACCAUCUACCAUGAGGGACAAGUCUAUCUGCGCGAGGGUAAUGUACCCAAGGCAUAUCUCGUUCUCUUUCGGUUCUCGACCCUUGUCCUCGAAUACCUCGUCAAGCACCCCGAGGCCAAAGAGCCCGAGUCCAAACGAGCCCUUAAACCCCUACAAAGGCGCAUUCCACGCGUGAUAGAACAACUCGAGACCCUGCGCCCUGAGAUCGACGAUACCUAUGACCGCUGGAUGAGGAUCACGGCUGCCCAACGGGACACACUAAGAAGUGGGGAACCAUUCCCGGCCGCCUCAUCGUCAACGUAUGCAAAACAUGCUGCGAACGAUCCAGCGCUGUCCUGGAGUUAUGCUUCCCCGGCCAACAUCCUCGACGUGCAGGACCACCAGGAUCUUGCGGUCGACCUCGCUAAGAAGGAGAUGAGAAGGCGAAGGCAAGCCUCCGGGCUAGUGGGCGAAGACUAUGGGCGGAGAGACUCUGUACAACGUGGGGGGCAGGACAGGGAAACGGGCACUAUCCGGCUUGUGCCACAGGAUAUGGACGACGAUGAGCUACGAAGGCAAAUGGAAGCCACGCGGCGGCAGCUAGAUCGAUCUGACGACUACGCAAGGGGCUACGAUGACGAGGACUACAUCCGGCCGUCGACAUAUUAUUAUCCUUCAAUCACCAAGUCAUCUCCACUCAAGUACGAGAGACCGGUCUCUCGGGGGCGCCCAGAAGGCCCGAGACUCCAGCCUCCGCGGCCACCCAAAGAGAGACACGUCGAUCGAGCACCGAUCGAGCCACCACCUCGACCCGACAAGGAUCUCUACCUCGAGCGGGAGUCACCGCCCAUCGGUCCCCCGCCCCGGCCGGAUAAGGAACCGUUGGCCUUGGUGACGCCGCCGUACUCUAGCCGACCUAGUGAAGAGAGACCGGCUAUCCCUUCAAAACUAAACGCCGAACCAGCCCCGCAGAAGAGGAUCACCUUCCGCCCCGCCGGCUACCUUGAGAACGGCGAUCCGAUAAGACCCGUCUUCCUCCCCAGCACUCUACGGCACAAGUUUUUGAAGCUCGCAGCGGACAACACGCGUCGAGGGCUGGAGAUGUGCGGCGUGCUCUGCGGCACGACGGUUAACAACGCGCUCUUCAUCUCACACCUGGUGAUCCCGGAGCAGAGGUGCACUCCCGACACGUGCGAGACGGAGAACGAGUCGGUCAUGCUGGACUACUGCAUCACCAACGACCUGCUGGUGAUUGGCUGGAUCCACACCCACCCGACCCAGACCUGCUUCAUGAGCUCCCGCGACUUGCACACCCAAGCGGGGUACCAGGUGAUGAUGCCGGAGAGCAUCGCCAUCGUCUGCGCGCCGAAGUACGAGCCAUCAUGGGGCAUCUUCCGGCUUACCAAUCCGCCAGGCCUCCCUCACAUUCUGUCCUGCCAGCGAACCGAGACGUUCCACCAACACUCGGUCGAUAACCUCUAUGUCGAGGCUGGGAGCCCGCAGGGUCACGUUUACGAGUCGAAGGCCCUCGAGUUCGAGGUCUGCGACUUGCGCCCGGGGCACUAGGCUCGUUCCGGGGAUACCGUUAUCGCAACGGCGCUCCGGGAGUGGUUGUAUCUAAGGAGAAAACGCCGCCGCCGCCCGCGAAAGUCGGCUCAUAUGUGUUUAAUCGGUUGCUA